AUGACUAUCAAGCUCAUUGGAUUUCCCGUCUCAGGUAAUAUUCUUAGGGUUACUAUGACCCUUAAGGAAUUAGGACUUCCUUACGAAUUCGAAGUUCCAGCCAAUCUUCAAGCUAUAAAAACUGAUGAUUAUCUCGCUAAUAAACACCCAUUUGGAAAAAUCCCAGUCCUUAUUGACGGCGAUUUUACAAUUAACGAAUCUCGCGCAAUUUGUAAUUACCUAGCAUCUAAAUACCAAGGCAAACAUAAUGAUACAAUCUUGAUUCCUACCGAUGUUCAUAAAGCCGGAUUAGUCUCGCAAUGCAUUUCUUAUGAAUCAUUUUAUUAUAACCCACCGAUCUUCAAACUCGUACAGCAAGAAAUAGCCGCUAAAAAAUUCCAUAAUAAGGACCCGGACCAAGAAGUUAUUAAGCAAGCUCGUGAAGAACUUGCUAAGGUUUUAGAUGUUUAUGAAAAGAUUUUGGAGGGAAAAGAGUAUUUGAAUGGCGAAUUUUCUUUAGCUGAUCUCUUCCACGCCCCUAGUACUCAUUACAUCUAUAAUAUAGAGGCACAUUCCGAAUUAUGGGAUAGUAGACCUAAU